AAAAUAAAAGGGGGAAAAGAGAUAUGGGUCUGUUCCCUAUGUGUGUAAAUCUACAUUAACAUUUCCUUAAAACAGGGAGAAUCACAAAGAAGCAGUAAAUGAUACAACAGAACCAAAAGAAACAUAUAAACAGUAACCAAGGCAGAACCAAAAGAAACACAUAAACAGUAACCAAUACAGAACCAAAACUCCAUGAGUCAAACACAAUAAAGGGUUUAAGAGUGCAUGUGUAAGGAGAGAAUGAAACGGUGGCCACCGGAGUAUGAAUGAGAAAGUUGAGUGGACGCAUGUAUGUGUGUGUGAAAGCAAGUACACUUUAUAGCAAGACAUCUUAAACACUACUUCAGACAACACCACCUCAGACACAACAUCUACAACCCAACACAUUUCCCUUUAAAAUAAAGAUGAUGCCAUUACACAAAGUCACCCUCAGAUAAAAGGUUAUCCACACCUACAAACCCUGGGUAAUUUGAGAUUGCUUGAAUAUUGCACGAACCAAUAAAGUUGUCAACAGUUCAAUAAAGGCCUUGUGACGAUAGGCCCUGUUUUUUAUAAUUAGUUGAAAUAAGAUUGGUUCUAAUAAGAAUGUUAAAAACAUAGUGUUUCUCAACUUGUUAAUAAAAAGAGGAGGGAGAUGUGGCAGGAAGAAUGUAGCAAUGAACCAUGGGAGUUGUGGUCUCCCGGGUUCUCAGACAAUAUUUGAUUGUCAUUGGUUAGAGGGUCACGUGACAUGUUCAGGCGUGGUAUUUAAACCUGGGCAGUUUGAAUAAACGGUAAUUCUGCUCUGGCACUUGUUCGUGUCAGAGUGGGGUUCGUGCCUUGAACAGCACCUCAGGGAAGCCCCAGCAUUACUGCUGUGUCUAUGACACAAUGGGAGGCCCGACAUUCCAUCCCUGGAGACGCUCCAAGAGGAGCAUCCAGACCUGUGUCCAGUCAACAGAAGCGACCGGCCACCGAGCGUGACGGACCAUGGCCCUGUCAGCUCUGUGGCGCCGCUCUGUGAGCUGGAGAUCAGCCCUGACCCGGCUCGUGCAGCUCUUCCGCUCCCCCCAAAGCUCCGGCACCAAAGGCUCAGCCAACCUGCCUCCACCAGCCCCACUGGCAAGCAGCCCUGGCGUUGCUGUUCCAUCCAACACUGCCCGGGGGGGGCCCCAGGGCAGUGGGAAGCCCCUGGCUGGGGCAGACCAACGUGCCCCCCAGGGUCAACUGCAGCCCUACCACCAUCAGGGGAGAGCAGUGGCCCCGGUCCCAGCAGCGCGGCACAGCCAGCGCAGCCCUGCCAGCUCAGCCAACCCCUCCGGGACACCCCUGGGCAGUGGCAGCCCCCCAGACGGGAGCACCCCCAUGGAUGUGGACGUCACCCCGGCACUUAACAUCAGCCUGGCCAGUGACGUCUCCAUGGAGGAGGACGCCCCCCGCGGCUGCGACCUCUCACUGGCCACCGACGUCCCCAUGGAGGAGGACACCGCCCGCGGCUGUGACCUCUCGCUGGCCAGCGAUGUCGCCAUGGAGGAGGACGCCCCCCGAGGCUGCGACCUCUCGCUGGCCAGCGAUGUCCCCAUGGAGGAGGACACCUCCCCGCCCAGGCACACCACCGCCAGCCCCUCAGCCGCACCCCAGCUCCAAGCCACCAGGGAGCCUGGGGUGACUCCAACCAGCCGCGCUCUGCUGAGUGGGAAGGUCCUGCCGCAGGGGACUCAGGGGCACUUGGCUUCCUCCCCGGGGGCUGCAGGGACCAGCCAGGAUGGUGGCAGCAACGCCAAGCUGGAAAGGCGCGGGGCGAAGAGGAAGGGGGGCUCUGAGCCAGGGCCUGCCAUCAAGAUCAAGGCUCCCGCAGCCGGGGCUGGGGCAGGAAGAUUGGCUUAGGCCUGUUAAAGGGAUAGGUCGUUUGGGGACCUAUCCCAGGUUGAGG